CGUCCCAGCACUGAAGGGAUAAAAUCUUUACAUAGAGCAGUAGUUCUUUCCCUAGUAGAUUCAUGGAGGUGCUCUGAUUUAACUUCCAAUAAAAGUAAAGUAAAAGUAAAGUCCUUUCUUCUUUGAGUUGAGUUUCAUGAGGCACACACUUUGCUGUUGGCAAGAGGGACAAGGUUUUUGUCUAUGGCGAUGAAAAUUCUUACACAUUUCAAAAUGCUGUGACUCAAGAGUUUGCUUUACAGAUCACAUCUACUUCAAGUUCGAUGACUUUAGGAUUAGGAAAAUGAGACAUGGAGAGGUCAAGUCACUUAAGUUUUAAGAUGUCAUAGCAAAUUAGUGUUAGUUUAUCAGUAGAAACCAGCAGCAUUAUCUGUCUCUUCAUUUUACUGUAGGUUAUUUCUCGUUAACUCUUACUACACUGUAUUAUUUCACUAGUUUUAUUUCUUGCUUCUUACCAGCUAAGGAAUGGCAAAAACAUUUUUAAACUCCAUGAAAAUGGUUCAUGUUCAUUGGUAUGGAUUGUCUUUACAUCUUCUGUGACCUUUUCUUGACAGAACUGCAGGAUCUUGGUAACCUUUCUGAGACAUAUGGUUAUAGGAUAGAAAAUGCUAUUUCCAAGGUAUCUAAUGAACUUGGACCAGCAUUUAAAGUAGUGAACAGAAGAGGUGCCAAAUGACAUUGAAAGUGAUGGCUGUCUAGACUGAAAACAAAGUGUUUUGAGGUCUGUACAUUCCAGCAGCUCAUCUGCAGCUGUGCAACAUGACUUGUUGGGAAAGUACAGACUGCAGAAGCCUUCAGAAGGGACUGCUUAACUUUGCAGGCAGGAGGGUGAACCUUUCAUUAAAAGUAAAAGCAAAAGUAAACACCAGACUCACAACAUGUUUUCCAUUGCCAAUUGUGAUUUUGUUUCAGUGGCAAAAAGAGCUUUUUCCUUUUAAUCCCAAACGGUAUUGGGCAAAAUAGCACUGACACUUUGUUUCUGUCUUCACAGGUCUCAUUGCAGUGGAAAGUCCUCAACCAGCAUUUUUAAAAGGCAAUCAGUAUGACUGCUCACUGCUGAGAUUUGGGAUUUUUGGCUUUCCAAAAUACAGCCCUAUUAUCACUCGGCAGUUUUGCAAUGGAUGAAAGUGCAGACCCUAUGGUGAUGACAGUGCAUCUCCUUGCCAGCUCAGGACAUUCAUUGUUUUUGCAGCAAACCCUUGAUCAGCUUUUGGAAUGGAUCUGCCCUGAUGUCCGCCUUUUCCUUGUAUCAGAGUGUGUUACUCCAAUUAAAUAUUAUGAGAAAUAUCGCAAGAAAACCUCUGGAUUUCCAGGGAUAUCUGUUCUCCUUUUCCUGCACGAGGCCUUUGGGGAAGAACGGAUUUUUCGGGUCCAUGAUUUCUUUCAGCACCCACCGUGGCAGUAUUAUCACACACAAAAUACUAAUGGAAAACUUUACCCCUAUGCACCAGCUAAUCAGGACUUCUAUGGUCUGGAUGACCACAUGCCUGUGUGGGGUGUCAGGCAAGUUCAUUAUGGCGCUGAAAUUCUGCGUGUUACCCUGUACUGUAGCUUUGAUAACUACGAAGAUGCAGUAAGAUUAUAUGAGAUGAUCCUGCAGAAGGAAGCAACAAUGCAGAAAAGUAACUUUUGUGUCUUUGCCAUUUACACAACAAAACACACUGCUGUUCAGCUCUGUCUGAAGCAGCUGCCUAUCGGGAUAUCUGUUGAGCUGAAAGAAUCUUCAGUUCUGCAAUUCAAGGUGCAAGAAAUAGGACAGCUGGUACCUCUUUUGCCUCAUCCAUGUAUUCCUAUCAGCAGCACCAGAUGGCAAACUCAGGACUAUGAAGGAAACAAAAUCCUGCUUCAGGUUCAGGGCCACUCAAAGCACAAUGAAAAAGAUGUUGUGCUUUCCAGUCAGCACAACCAUGCAGGGAGUGAAAAGACCCUACCUAAUUUCACCCCAGACUGGAGAGUGAAUCUGGAGCACAGAAGGCAGAGGGUCAGAACCAUGAAGUACAAGACCAAAUCUGAACAGAGGGAAAGUUUUGCAUGCAAGAACUCCAGCAGCACCCCCCAAAGUCAUUCCUGCUCUUCAACCCACUCCAGCAGCCCACCAGUUACUGUACAGCAGGAAGCUGCCUCAUCCCAUGUAAACUCGGGGACAAGACUGAAAAUUUCCUGCCGCGAAAAUUGGUUUCAAAGGCAAGAAGCAGAGAUGAAUGUGGAUACAGGAUUUACUGUAGUCAAUUCUGAAUGCAGCCUCUCCCCUCUGAGCUGGUUUUCAAGGGACUUGCAGGGCAGCCUUCUUCAACCACGAGCUGCAAACUGUCCAUUAGGUGCUGCCAGCUCCUCUGAGGAGAGAACCUGUCGGUCGUUUUUCUCGGCCAAAAGAAACCAUGCAGCAGGACCGCAACCUUCAAACUUGGAUGGGAGGCUCUCAAGGGCAAACCAUAGCAAUGGAAAUGAAGAGGAAGAAGAAUUCUUUAUAUGACUUGAACCAUGUGUGCCUGACAGCCUGACUGCUAAAUGCUUUCCUUUGGAAAUGGAAAGAAAGUAUCCAGCAAGCUGUGUCAUUCUCUGCUUCCUCAGAUACCCCAGGUGCCUAAACUACCUUUUUGUAUUCUGAAAAGAGACUUUAGUGGCAUUCUAUGGCAUUGGAGUGAUAUUUGUUUGCAAAAAGUGAUAUUAAGGGAGCUGAGAGCGAAAUCAAAGAAAUAUAAUACUGCAGUUACCAAGACUGCUUAUUCUUAGUGCAGACUAUAUAAGAGGGUUUUUGUGCAAUGAAUGGGAAUAAGCCAUGUGAAUCUUAUUACUGUGUUUAAAUGUUAAUGUGUCCUAGCAUAUGUUAUAUUUGAGUUUUCUGUCUCUGUGAGUCGCAGCCAGUAGAUGGCAGAAUAAUUGUGCCUCUUAAGAUGUCAGUGUUGUAGCUUGCAUAAGAGGAUUAGUAGUCACAACACCUGAAGAAUCUUGCAACACCCUUCUACCCCUUGGUUUCUUCUCAUUUCCCCUGUCAUUCAGACUUGAAUACUAUGAGCAUGAUCAAUUAUAUGCAAGUAAAACACUAAAUCGUGUACAAAAGUCUCUCACCCACAGCUCCUUUUCAAAUAUUUGAAAAAAAGCUGUCUACAGAGACCUUCUACCCAUGCCAACACCAUAUAAAAGCACUUCAAAUCAAUAGCUUUAACCAUGUUUUCUCCCUAAUCAGCACAUUCUCUCCCCCACCCCCAAAGUAGUUAACAAUAAAAACAAGAACAGUUUGCACAGUCUUUGUUAGACCUCUGCACAGUUAUCAGCAGGAUGGAAAUCCUAAGAGGAUUUUAAAGUGCAGGAUACAAAAGAAGCAAGAGCUAUAAAUCCAGAGGAAGCUGCCAGAAUAGUGAAGGAUAAACAUUUCAGAAAAAAAGUAAGUCAUGUAAAAUAAAGCACGUCUAAAUAUAUCCAAACUUGCUCAAAAAGUCCGCCUACCCAAAUACAGUUGGAUUCCAUAAACUAGAAGGGAGAUAUGUGAGAGAGGAUGCAACUGAGGUGUCAAACUAUGAAGGGCGAAG